AUGCAGAAAGAUUUAAGGUCGUACCUGACAGUUAUGGAAGCGGAUGAGGAGAUCGCGUGCCCCGUUGCGAUGGGCAAUCCAGACCCGCAAGUGGUGGAGAGGGUUAUGAGGAGGGAGAGGGCAUCGAGAAGAAAAGCUAAAGAUAAUGGAAGAUUAUGCUUUUUGCUGGGUAAAGAGCUUCCUUCAUCGCGACUAGCAAACCGGCAAUGGUGUUCGUGCGGGUCGUGUGUGACAUUCACCACGAUCCGCGAAAACGUAUGCUGCCGUGAAGCGUUGGAGGAAGGCAGAGGCAACGAAGCGUUGAAAGGGUUGAGAGAGAAGCUGAAGGAGUGUGGGCAAUGCAUUGUCCACCACCCUUCAUUCUACAAAGUAGCACAAGACCCUGAGGUAACGUUUCAGUUCUUCCGAUACAUCGCGUGCUUGAGAUAUUGUGCCUACCGGGCUUUCGUAGCCUGGUGUUACGGGCACUUAGGAUUCAGCAAACGAUACGAACUUCCGGCUUGUGUGAGAGGAGCCAUUAUGAGAGUUUUCCCUUCAAGGAGUGGAGUAUACGUAGGGUUCAAGGUAAUGUUUACUUGUCCUCCUCAUAGGGGCUUACAGCACUUUUGA